AUGCGUACUUCUGCUUUCACUUUGGCCGCUGCCCUCUCUUUGUCGGUUGCUAACGCAGCUCCUCAAAUCCCCGAGGUCCCCUCUGUUCCUGGCGUCGCUGCUCCUAGCGGACUUCCUUCUGUUCCCAGUGGAGUUCCCUCUGUUCCCGGUGUUGCUGCUCCUAGUGGUCUCCCCGGUGUUCCUUCUGGUGUCCCUGGUGUCGCUGCUCCCAGUGGUCUCCCCGGUAUUCCUUCUGGUGUUCCCGGUGUCGCUGCUCCCAGCGGUCUUCCAGGUCUUCCUUCUGGCGUUCCCGGUGUCGCUGCUCCAACCGGCCUCCCAUUCCCCUCGGGUCUUCCUUCUCUUCCCAGCGGACUCCCUGCUCUUCCUUCUGGAGCUCCUGGUGUCGCUGCCUUUGAGAAGGUCCUUGAAGAGAUCCUCGAGAGCGUUGUCCAAAUUCUCGAGCCCAUUAUCGCCUCCCUCGACCCUGCUGCCGCUCAACAAGCCCAGGCCGCUCUUUCCAAGGCUGGCUUGAAGGUUCCUGGCAACUAA